GAACACAGGGUGCCGCUGCGGGCGCUGCUGCUCAAGUGCUUUGGAGCCAUGUGCAACCUGGACGCCGCCGUGAUCUCCACGCUGGUGAACUCGGUGCUGCCCAUGGAGCUGGCGCGCGACAUGCAGACCCACACGCAAGAUCACCAGAAGAUGUGCUACUCGGCGCUGGUGCUGGCCAUGAUGUUCUGCAUGGGGGAGCCCCUGCCCUACCACCACUACGAGCAUCUCAACUCGCAGUUCGUGCAGUUCCUGCUGGAUGUCAUUGAGGACGGGCUGCCCUCGGACACCACUGACCAGCUGCCCGACCUGUUUGUCAACGUCCUGCUGGCCUUCAACCUCCACAUUCCAGGUUGGUGCUGCUGCUCUUCCUGGCGGGAUUUCAAAGCCCCAGAAUGGAGGGGCAUGAAGAACGGGCCUGCAGGAUCUCCCUGGGGCAUCGCUCGCCUGGUCUCCAAGGUGGGCUCGGCUGCACGGCGCCGGGAGCGCCUGGCAAGGGCAGGGCAGCUCCAGCAUCUCCCCGUCUACCGAAGGGCAGGUGCUGAGCGUGGCGCGGCCGGCAGCGGGAGCGGGGGCUCAACGCCGUGUCUCUGCCCUGCAGAUGACCCGGUUUGUAUCUUCAAGCAUCAGCCGCAGCCCCCGCACUCGGUGCUGAAGUUUCUGCAGGACGUCUUUGCCAGCAAGGACACCGCCAGCAUCUUCUACCACACGGACAUGAUGGUGCUGAUAGACAUCCUGGUGCGGCAGAUCGCCGACCUCUCCCCUGGGGACAAGCUGCGGCUGGAGUACCUGUCCCUGAUGCACGCCAUCAUCCGCUCCACGCCGUACCUGCAGCACCAGCACCGCCUCGCCGACCUGCAGGGCAUCCUGCAGCGCAUCCUCGGGGAGGAGGACGAGGGGCAGCAGUGCCAGAUGGACAAACUGAUCAUCUUGGAAAUCUAUAAAGAGUUUCCAGAAAUCUCUCCGGGUACCAGCUAACCGCUCCUCGGCUUGGACUGGAGCUCUACCCACUUGGAUCAAAGCCGUCUCUUGUUGACACCUUCUCCCCGUUCCCUUCCAGUUCAGCUCAUACCUUAUAUUCCUCCGUGCGAGGCCUGAGGUUCGGACAGGUUCGUGGCCCUUUGGAGAUGCCAGCGGCAGGAGGGGCAAGGGGCGUCCCCGGGGCCUGU